CCGAUAAUGAAGCCCAUUACUAUCAGUGGGCGGAUUUAUAAGGCCGAGACAAAAAAGGCACCUUUUCUAUCAAUCGUCGCGUAGAAGCUAAAGGAAAGCUGACUCAAAGAUUCAAAAUUUGAACUGCAACGAGAGAGAGAGAGAAAGAGAAAGGAGGCUAUGGCGACGACGGCGAAGAAUUUGAAGGGUUUCUACAAGCAGACUAAAAGCAAUAUCACCGGAGGUAUCUCCAAGUCCAAGCCUUCUUCCCGGAAAGUGGCUCCCAAACACGCGGCGGCUCAAGGUUCUGAUGUUACCCAGCCCGCCGCAUUGAUUUCACACGGCUCCGUCGAUCUCAACGAGGAUUAUGACAAGGAGGAGGAGAUGCUUAGACAAUUUGACAUGAACAUCACUUAUGGUCCGUGCCUGGGUAUGACGAGACUUGAUCGAUGGGAGCGUGCAGUGCGUCUUGGGAUGAACCCUCCCAAUGAAAUCGAGAAGCUUUUGAAGACCGGGAAAGUCCAGCAAGAUUGUCUGUGGCAAGGUCGUGUCUAGAUAGGUGUUCUUUAAUCCUUUAUCUAUGCCCUUGUAUGAUCCAGUACGAGUUGCAAAACUUUGUCUGUUGUGGAUGGGAUGUUUGGUUCAGUCACUGGCUGGAUCCACCCCACAUGUAGUGUCCUCGAUGUUUCUAGUUUCAGGCGAUAAUGUUAAAACCUUGGUAAUGGAAUGCAUCUUGUUUAUUGAUCG